AUGGCAGAUUCUGAUAUUCAGCCAUUCAAGGUCGACAUACCCCAAUCCGAGGUUGACCGGCUUAAGCGCAAGCUCAAGGAUACUCGUCUCCCUCCCAGGGAGAUCGUACCUGGAGCUGGAACCAAGUACGGCCCAACAUACGAGUGGGCGAAGAACCUGUAUGAUGCCUGGAUCAAUGACUUUGACUGGUAUGAACACCAAGACGAGAUCAACUCUGCACCACAUUUCACAACGCGCAUAGCAGACGUGAAGAUCCAUUUUGUCCAUGCCCGAUCGAACCGAGAGGAUGCUAUCCCAUUGAUUAUGGUGCACGGAUGGCCUGGCUCCUUUUACGAGUUCAAUCAGGUCUGGACACCUCUGUCGAACCCUUCCGAUGGGAGCUCGCCUGCCUUUCAUGUUGUGGUACCAUCAAUGCCAGGUUACUGCUUCUCAGACUGGCCACCAAAGGCAGGAUGGACGUUACAGGACAAUGCACGGAUAUUUGAUGCCUUGAUGAAGAGACUUGGAUACAAGGAAUACAUGAUCCAGACAGGUGAUUGGGGUCAUUGGGUUGGUCGAGAAAUGGGCUCGAAGUACACUGACUCCUGCAAGCUCGUCCACUUCAACUUUGCACCCUCACCUCUCCCAGAAGGCGUCGAGUAUACCAAGCGUGAGCAGGAUGUCAAAGACCGCGUCGACGACUGGCUCGAAAACCACAUGGGAUACGCCAUCUGCAUGCGAACUCGUCCACAUACCAUCGGCUUCGGCUUCAACGAUAAUCCAAUGGGUAUUCUGACCUGGGUCGGCGAGAAGUACAACGAAGCUGCAGAUCCCGAGAAGCAGAAGCGACGAUACUGGACGCAGUGUAUCUUGACCACAGCAAGCUUGUACUAUUUCACGGACUGCAUCAUGCCAAGUAUGCUCUGCUAUUAUGAGAAUGUGCGACAUGAGAACUUUGCUAGCUUUGCGAUGGAGGAGCAUAACCGUAUCACCGUGCCCUUCGGGUACACGAGUUUCUACUGGGACACCGAACCGAGCUCGAAACGUGCGGUGGAAAGGACGGGAAAUCUGGUGUUCUACAAAGAAAGAAACGAUGGCGGGCAUUAUGCUGCACUGGAAGACCCCGAGGGAAUUAUCGAAGACGUUCGUGCGCUAGCGGCGCAAGCGUGGAAAAAGUCGUAA